AUGGCAAGUGCUGUAGCCAAGGUCGCGCGCCUGAAGCCAGAGAUUCGCCUUGGCCAGGCCAUUUCGGAGUUCCAAGCUGACCUCUCCCCAUCACAAAAAGCUAUUUUGCGCACCCAGCAGGUUGCUGGAACACCACCGACGAUUCGCGAUGUCAUGCAACUCACUGCGGAGAUUAAUCGGGCUACGGGCACUGGCGGCCAAUGCUAUGGACCACGGCUUACGAACGUCCUUCAGGCUGUGCAGGAGUUCGCUGCUCUCGGCGAUAUCGUCCUGGGUGGCACGCAGAAUCUUCUUGCUUGCGGAGUAUGGGGUCUUGUGCGCAUGACGUUUCUUUCCAUCGUGAAAUAUUCGACAUACCUAGAGCGGUUAUCGAUGAUGCUUAUGGGUGCUGGCCGGUCCGCGCCACGCUAUCAAAUCAUGGGCGCUUUAUAUCCCAAGUCCGAGCGACUGAGAUCCUGCAUGCUGGAGUACUUCAUUGUUAUUGUGAAUCUUUGUCGCCAUGCUUUGCGGUUGAGCCAGAGUUCGGCCCUUGGUCAGUGGGUGUCAACUCUCACGGAUUCGAGACUGGAUAAUUUCCACGCAGACUUGGAUCUUUGGACCACGAUGAUAAAGGAGGAGGUCAGCCUGUUGAUGGCGCAACAGGCGUCCGACGAAAUCGCUGAGACCGCCUGGUUCAGAACUCGAGUUUCUCGGCAUUUCGAGUCACAGUCGCACGCAAAGAGGCUUAGGUUGAGACAGCGUAUACUGGACGCAUGUUCAUCCCAUGAUGUUGUCAGCAGUUGGAAGCGAAUCCGAAAAUUGGGACACACAACAAUCCAGAAGAGUUCCACAACAUACGCAACGUGGAUGGAGCAAGGGGUAUCAAACACACUGGUCUGUAUAGGGACGCUGGGGUCGGGAAAAACCGUUCUCCUUGCCAACAUUGUCGACGACCUCAAUCUUCAGGCAUCGCAGAAAUCGACGAUAUCGUAUUUCUUUUGCCAGCAUGAUAUGAAAACCAGCCUGACAGCACGGACGGUCAUUGGCUCCCUCGCGCGGCAGCUUUUGCAUACACAGCCGGACCUGGAUUGCGCGAGUGACGUCUUGCAAGAAGGGACCGCCAAUCUAGACAUUGAUCAGAUUCUGGCGCUGAUUCUUAGGAUUCUCCCUUCGACUUGCAAAGCGUAUUUUGUUAUCGAUGGCUUAAUGCAAUGUCAUGCCGACGAGCGGAAGGUUGUUAUUGAUGCACUACGAUUGCUACAGGGCAAGAUCUCCAUGUCAUUGUGCGUGUCAUUGAGGUCCGAACCGUCUGAAUCAAUGGACGAGCUGAGGGGUUUGUUCGCAUUGUCAACAUUCACCAUGCCAAGUGAUAACCCUGACAUUGACGAAUAUAUUGAUGGGACACUUGAAAGAUCCGUGGAGGCAGGGACUCUGGUGGUUCAAGACCCUUUCUUAAUUCUGGAGAUCAAGGACUAUCUCUCGCACAGAGCCCAGGGAAUGUUUCUCUGGGUCACACUCCAAAUUAAAGCACUGUGCUUUGAACGAACAGACGCAGAUAUACGCAGGGCUUUUGCAGACAUCCCCGACGACCUUUCUGGCAUAUACCGACAUAUCCUCACCAAGUCCCGCGUCGCGGGCGCCGAAUAUCAACUAAGGAUCCUCGAGCUUGCCUUGGCUGCAUGCCGCCCUCUUACCCUAGAGGAGAUGAGAGAAGCCCUGGGUGUAACACCGGGAUGUCUAACCUGGGAGCCCCAGAGGCUUUUGAAUAACAUCAAUGCGACGUUGGCGUGCUGUGGCGGCUUGCUCAGGAUUGACGAGGAGGACUUUAGUGUUCGCAUAGUUCACCACAGCGUGAAGACCUUUCUCAGUGACUCUCAUGCAUUCGAGGGGUUUGACUUGCACGAGGCAAAUUGCCGCAUGGCGAAGAUUAUCCUCACAUAUCUGAAUUAUGCGACUUUCUCAAAGCAACUGUCUACCCUCAAGGCACCGCGGGUGAAAGCAGGCUCAGUGACGUCCGCGGUAAUUAGCUCAACCGCUGAGUCUGUGGGACAAUCCGCCAAGCUGGCGUUGAAACUUUUGAGGCUGAAGAAGGGGAAGGACCGAGAUAUUGGCCACACCCUACUACGAACACUGGGUCAGGGACAACAGAAAAAGGCGACACCGUUGGCUUUCUACGAUUAUGCGUCUAGCUGUUGGCAGGAGUAUAUGCCGUAUAUGUUCCUUGAGGCAGAGGCAACUGCACAAGACAACAACGCUUUUGAUGAUCAAGCAGAUCCCCAUUCAGGCGGGCCAGACGCUCGACCGUAUCCCUCAGUAUCCCAGCUUCUGAAAGGUCUUUUCCUGGCCGUCAACGUUAAUACAGCCGACUCACAAGGCCGCACGCCUCUGUCAUAUGCAGCUGAAUUCGGAUAUUACAUGUUCGUCAAGCUGCUUGUGUCUCAGGGAGCUGAGGAUCUAAGUGAUUGUUCAAAGAACACACCACUCAUGUGGGCUAUUAAAGCCGGAAGUUCACAAAUCAUGGAAGCCCUCCUGAAGACAAAGCAUGUUCACCUCAAUGCAAUAAAUAGCGACGGCCACACCCCUCUGUCACUGGCUAUGAGAUCCACAGAGACUACAAUGGGAAAGAGGCUACUGCAACACCCAGAAAUUGACGCAAAUCUUCAAAAUGAAUCUGGCUGGACACCCUUGAUGUGGACUGUUAACGCCCAGUCCAGCGAAUGGGUGACCCUCUUGUUUGGCCUAGCAAAGGUAGACCCAAAUAUUCCAGAUAAAAACGGCGACACCCCGUUACACGCCGCCGCCAGGCUUGGAGAUGUGGAAAUAGCAUGCCUCUUGGUCCUUGCAAAAGCGGACCUAAACCCGCGUAAUCGACUGGACUGCACACCGUUUUGGCUUGCUGCUUACCAUGGACGCAUGGGCAUGGUAACGUAUAUGCUUGGAUUAAACGACGCCGAAGACGGCACAGUUCAGGAAAGGGUUUUGGUUAAUGCAAAAGACAAGGAUGGAAUCACACCGUUCAUGAUAGCGGCACUGCAAGGCCAUGACAGGGUGGUCAAUCUGCUAGUAAGCCCAGGUGUCUUACCAUUGUGUCUUACCACACUCGACUCGGUCAAUGAAGCUCUUUGGGCUGCUGCGGCAAUUGGCCAAGCAGCCGUUGUGACUCUGGCGCGUAUUGAAGGGGUCAACAUUAACUACGAAACCCCUAGAUGCUCGACGCCGCUCUGGAUUGCCGCCCAUAAUGGGCAUGCGGAAGUUGUCAAGUUCCUUGUCCAUCAGUCAGGCGUGGAUCUGAACGCAGUGAACAGUUCGGGGGUCACGCCACUCUGGACAGCGGCUGAGGCAGGGCACACAGAUGUGGUGGAAAUACUAGCAAGCCUGGAUGGAGUGAAUUUGCAUGCAACAGACCCUGGGGGGACGAGUGUUCUGUUGAUAGCAUCUCGAAAUGGCCACACUGACGUUGUGCUUAAGCUAGUGAAUAUCACGCCCGCCGCGGUGGCUGUUGAGCUCUUCACUCUGGCUCAAAAAGAGUGUGUGGGCGAUCUUGUUAAUAUGCUCCGCUACUUACGUUUCAACAAGACGCUGCAGCCACACCUCAAAGACGUAUUCUGGCCUCUGCUGCAGGGCCAUGGCAACUGGGACCUCACACGCCGUGUUCAGCAACUCCUUCUCCCUACUAUAGACUGCGAGAUAGAUUUCCACAUGUCAGGGUCUACCAGCAAAGCAUAUCCGCAAGCACAGCCAACCGAAAAAAGUGAGCAGUCAUCUCGCAAUGCAGGCGAGCAGGCUCCCAAGACGUCUACUUCAAUUCGAUUUGAGCUGGGAGAAACAUAUAUGGCCGCUGUCCCGGAACUGACGACUUCAAGCUAA